GGAUAGAACAAGACAGGCGUGGCUCGUGAAUUACGUGAUGAAGAACGGCCCAGACAAUGGCACCAGGAAGCAGCGCACCUUCUGCCCGAAGAACGAUUCGCCGGAGGAGGUGGAACAGGCGCGGCUCGCCGCCAUCGAGGCGCUGCGGGGGCUCCAGGAGGAGGACCGCGCGCUGGGGCCGAGCACCUCGGGCCGACCGAGCGCGGAACGCCAGAGCGGCGUCCGGCACGCGAGGUACGUGAUGAAGGAUAGGGGGACGGCCCCGACGAAGGCACCACGAAGCAGCGCACCCUCCGCCCGCAGGACGGGCCGCGGGAGGAGGUGGCGCGGGCGCGGCCCGCCUCCGCCGAGGCGCUGUGGCGUCUGCAGGAGGAGGACCGCGCGCUCGCCCCGAUCAGCUCGGGCCGGAACCGCGCGGAGCGCCAUACGGCGUCAAGCACAUACACUGGUAUGGAUCAAAACAAGUGUGGCGUGUGAAGUACCGGAUGCGGAACGGCCCAGCCAAAGGCACCUGGAAGCAGCCCACCUUCCGCCCGAAGGACGAGUCGCCGGACGAGGUGGAGCGGGCGCGGCUCGCCGCCGUCGAGGCGCUGCGGGGGCUGCAGGAGGAAGACCGCGCGCUCGGGCCGAUCAGCUCGGGCCGGCAAGCGGAGCGCCAGAGCGGCGUCAAGCACAUCAACUGGGACAAGCACAGCGCGGUGUGGCGCAUUCAGUAUAAGAUGGAGAACGGCCAAGCCAGAGGCACAUGGAAGCAGCCCGCCUUCCGCCCGAAGGGCGAGUCGUCGGAGGAGGUGGAGCGGGCGCGGCUCGCCGCCGUCGAAGCGCUGCGGCGGCUCGAGGAGGAGGACCUCGCCUUCGAGCCGAGCGGCUCCGGUGGGCCCUGCCCCAGCCGCGGCCGCGGGGAGGUGCCGCUCCUCGACGGGCUGUUUCUGGUCGUCGGGGACGAUGAGCAGCGGCGGCUUCAGGAGCAGGACGGCACGCUCGGGCCGAGCAGCUCGGACAACCCCUCCGCUGGCCCACAGAGCGCGGAACGUCAGAGCGGCGUCAAGCACAUACAUUGGAACAAAAACAGACAGGCGUGGCGUGUCUGGUACCGGAUACGUAACGGCCCAGAAAAAGGCACCAUGAAGCAGCCCACCUUCCGCCCAGAGGACGAGUCGCCAGAGGAGGUGGAGCAGGCGCGGCUCGCCGCCGUCGAGGCGCUGCGACGGCUGGAGGAGGAGGACCGCGCGCUCGCGCCUCACAGCUCGGAUCCAGACAGAGUUCGACCCUGAGCCGAUCACCUACGACGCCCUCCUCGCCCACUCUGGCCGCACACGUGAGCGCACGCCAGCGCCAGUGGGUUUGGCGCCGCAAGAGGCCCCCAAGAGGCCCCCAAAGGGGCUCAAAAAGGGCCGCAAUAGGACUCCCAAGAAGGCUCAGAGAAGCCAAAUAUAGAGCGAUCGGUAACGCA